AUGCUCAAAAUAAUUACCGGAAAACUUCGAUACUAUAUUCGGUUAGGCGUCUCCUUUUCGAAUUCCCUAAACUUUUAUAGUGUCCCACCGCUCUCUCUCUCUCUCUCUAUCAAACUACCACACAUUUUGGAUCCUUCUUUCCUUCCUUCUUUCUUUCCGUCAUUCUUUAUUUCUUUCUAUCAGUUCUCUUUCUUUCUUUCUUUCUUUCUUUCUUACAAUUAUAGUUCUUUUGGCUUCUGUAACAAGUUUACAGAAAUAAGAGAAGGGAAUAAGGAAAAAGAUGGAAUAACUUCCACCUUAUGGAUUCUUCUUUCUUUCUUUUUCUUUCUUUUUCUUUCUUUCUUUCUUUCUUCUUGGUUUUCGUUCUUGUUCUUUAGUUUUCAUUGCUUUACACCCGCAUUGGUUCAAUCACACAGAGUCAAUUUCUCUAUCAUACAUUACAGAGUUCUAUCUGCGUCUUCCUAUUACACGCACGCACACAGAGAGGCAAGCAUUCUCACACACGUGAUCAUAGCGACCUUUCCUGCUGCUUGGCCUCUCAUUAAGUGUUAUGCAUUGAGUGCAACGCUCAGAAAUGGUGUUACAUCGACGUCCUUGUUCGCUCGCUGUACAAGGCCGCGCAUGUCAAAGUGUAUCACAACUGAAGCUCGUUCCAUCCGAUGGCGAAUGACUGCCUGA